CAAAGUUUGCCCCGUUUGAAUAGGACUAUCUUUUAAUUCGACUAACUUAAUAUAUCAUCAUGGUUUUAGACGCUGCUUCUGCCACUUCAUACUUGAAAAACUACAAGGAAAAAGACGGAUUAUCUGUUAAGCAAUUGAUUGAUUCUACCAACUUUGGUGGUUUGACUUAUAAUGAUUUUUUGGUUCUUCCAGGUUUGAUUAACUUCCCAUCUUCUGCUGUUAGUUUAGAUUCUAAAUUAACCAAGAAGAUCACUUUGAGAUCUCCAUUUGUUUCUUCUCCUAUGGAUACUGUUACCGAAGAAGCCAUGGCUAUUCACAUGGCUUUAUUGGGUGGUAUUGGUAUUCUUCACCACAACUGUACUCCUGAAGAACAAGCUGAAAUGGUUAGAAAGGUCAAGAAGUACGAAAAUGGGUUCAUUAACGACCCAGUUGUUAUCAGCCCUGAUACCACUGUUGGUGAAGUCAAGCAAAUGAAGGUUGAAUUAGGAUACUCUUCCUUCCCAGUCACUGAAACUGGUAAGAUUGGUGGUAAAUUAGUUGGUAUUGUCACCUCCCGUGAUGUUCAAUUCCACGAACAAGACGAUGACAAGGUUUCUGUUAUUAUGACUACUGAUUUAGUCGUUGGUAAGCAAGGUACUACCUUGAAUGAAGGUAAUGAAUUGUUGAGAACCUCCAAGAAGGGUAAAUUACCAAUUGUUGAUUCAAAUGGUAACUUGGUUUCUUUGAUUUCCAGAACCGAUUUACAAAAGAAUCAAACUUAUCCAAACGCUUCUAAGUCAUUCGAUUCUAAGCAAUUGUUGUGUGGGGCUGCCAUUGGUACCAUUGAAGCUGAUAGAGAAAGAUUAGACAAGUUAGUUGAAGCUGGAUUAGAUGUUGUUGUUUUAGAUUCUUCUAACGGUUCUUCUGUUUUCCAAUUGGAUAUGAUCAAAUGGAUCAAGAACAAGUAUCCAGAUUUACAAGUCAUUGCUGGUAAUGUUGUCACUAGAGAACAAGCUGCUUUAUUGAUUGAAGCUGGUGCCGAUGGGUUAAGAAUUGGUAUGGGUUCCGGUUCCAUUUGUAUUACUCAAGAAGUUAUGGCUUGUGGUAGACCUCAAGGUACUGCUGUUUACAAUGUCACUGAAUUUGCUAACCAAUUUGGUGUUCCAUGUAUUGCUGAUGGUGGUAUUGGUAACAUUGGUCAUAUCACCAAGGCUCUUGCUUUAGGUGCUUCUUGUGUUAUGAUGGGUGGUUUGUUAGCCGGUACUACUGAAACUCCAGGUAAUUACUUUUACAGAGACGGUAAGAGAUUAAAGACUUAUAGAGGUAUGGGAUCUAUUGAUGCCAUGCAACAAACUAAGCAAAAUGCCAAUGCUUCUACUUCUAGAUAUUUCUCUGAAUCUGAUCAAGUUUUGGUUGCACAAGGUGUUUCUGGUGCUGUUGUUGAUAAAGGUUCCAUCACCAAGUUUGUUCCAUAUUUGUUUAAUGGUUUACAACAUUCUUUACAAGAUAUUGGUAUGAAGUCUAUUGAAGAAUUGAGAGAAAAGACUGAUUCUGGUGAAGUUCGUUUUGAAUUCAGAACCGCUUCUGCUCAAUUCGAAGGUGGUGUCCACGGUUUACACUCUUAUGAAAAGAGAUUACAUAACUAAUCUUGUCUAUCGUCAUUUUGUUUAAAAUUUUUUUUGUAUAUUUAACAAUAUAAAAUUGUAUUUGGG